AGUCUCUCUUCCCACAGCCCAUUGCUUAUCACCUAGCUCCUCAUCUGCCACUCUAUCCCAACCUUAUUUUGCUGCUUUGGUCAGCUCAAGCUAUUCACGUUGCAACUAUACACAAACACGAACACAGACACACCCGCACCUCACCAAUACCUACCAAGCCAAGAUUCAAUCGAUACACCCGACUUCACAAUGUGCGGCCACGACACUUCUGGAAAGCCUCGCGGUGGCGCCAUCGCAGUACUCAACUCGUCAAUGACCAGCCCGCAAACUUGCGGGUGGUGCGCUGAACUCACAUUCCACACCCCCGGCCGGCCGGGUAGCCCACUUGCUACACAUGCCAGACUCACCUCUGUUGGAGGUGAGGACCUGGCAGACUUCACAAAGACUUCUGUCCUUAUCCAUCAGUCCGGAGACUUUACCAGAUGUGCAGAGGACUGCGGCUUGUUCCGUUCUUUCGACUUUCAGAGCGCCGUUCUAGUCGACGGUGGUCUUGCAUUGGAAAUGGAGCUCCCUCACCCCAUGGAGAUUCAAGUCGGAGACAAUGGAAUAAUAGGGAGGAGAGUGAGCAUGCGUAGGAUGUCUGGAGGCGAAUCUAUGCACAGCCAGCAAUUAUCGACAGCCGAAGGCAUCGUGGGCUUCAACUUUCUCGCCAAGGCGUGAUUGACUUGAUAUGGUUGAUUGGAGACGCACUCUGAUGCACGAAACUAAUGACUGUACAAAUAUUUGUUUUGUUUUCAAAUAGGACAAUUGAUGCGAUAAUGAUGACAUAUAUACUAAGGAGACCAUCGGAAAUCCCGGUGAUUCCACUCCAACUCCUGCUCCUGCUCCGACGACAAGCCUCGCAGCUCAUCUCUCGUUCCCCUAGCGUCGCGCGCUCUGUUAUCCCUCCGCAUCCAAAUCAAGGCCAUGAUAGCCACCAACAUCAUGGUAGUUGAGGUGGCAAAGUUCAACCCAUUGCCAAUGCGAUACACGGGCCCAUCCCAAGACUGGAAACUCCACGUCGAUAUGAGGCUGGCCACGUUUCCAAAAAGCAUCGUCACCGCGAUCGACAUGCUGCGGGCCGAGUCGCUGUUGACGUUGGCCGCCGCCUGCGCGUGGCAGAGCGGGCCCACGGUGAAGACGGAGCUGGCGAUGAGGAACGUCGCGACAUAGCGCGGGACCGGUUCCACCGUAGCGAGGAAGAUUACGUAGCCGAUCAUGAUGGGUGGGGCGCUGACGAUGAUGAAUAUUUGCCGUGUCUGACGCUUCCAGCUGGCGUAGCACACGGCCAGGAUGCAGAUGAAGCCGAGGAUGUACGGCGGUACCGUUAAAAGCUGCUGCUGGAUCACGCUGGCUUGGGGGAAGAUGGUGCGGACGAUUGUUGGGGCGAAGAAUGUCAGACCCUGCACGGUGAUGGUCUCCAGCAGGAAUGUGACUGCGGUGGCCAGGACCACUGGGUUUGCAACGCCCUUCCAGAGCUUUUUGAGGUUCAGGCUAUCGAGGACUUCGUCGCCCCCGAUUCUCUCACAUCUUACUCGAGAGAUUGCGAGAGACUUCUCCUCCGCAUUCAAAAAUCGAGCUGUCUCGGGACGAUCUGCCAAGAAAAUCAUGGCGGCGAUGCCAAUCAGCACCGUAAUCAUACCCUCGACCGCAAAAAUGGUGCGCCAAGAUCCAGCGGGAAAGCUGCCAAACCCGGGGAUCCUGAGGAUGCCCGAAGCCAACAAUCCUCCAACGGCCCCAGAGAGUGGCGCUGCCGAAAUAUACAUGGACAAGCGAAAGAUUAGCUCAGACCUGCGAUACCAUCUUGACAGAUAAUACGACAGACCUGGCAUUAGCCCUGCCUCAGCCAAACCCAGCAGAAAACGGCACACCGCCAGCUGUGCGUAGCUGUUGACCCAUGAGCUCGCGAUGGUGAUGAGGCCGAAGAGGAUUGUGAUGGUUGGGAGGAACCAGCCAGGGCCGACACGCUUGCAAAGGAUGUUUAUCUGAACUUCUAGAAGAAUGUAGGGGAUGAAGAAGAUGCUGUUGACCGAAUUGAAGUCGUUGCCCUUGAGCCCGAGGUCCGACUCGAAACUGGCGAGCCUGGCGUUUCCGAUGUUUGCGCGAUCGAUAAAGCAGAAGAGAAACAUGAGAGUCGCGAGAGGGACGAUGGCCAGGUCGAUCUUCUGACGGAGUUUGGCUUCGCCAUCUGCCGGAUCAGUUGGGGGCGGCGGAGAUUGGGGAGACGACGAUUCAUUCUGCAACCCCGCAUGCAAUCCGGAUUCUUUGAAUUGAUGUGGUUCUAUCACGGACAUUGUGGUGCUUGAACCACUUGUCUGUUGCAUCAGAAGUUGUUCCCGUAUCUGGGUCUGUAAUCAAUAUUUUCGAAGAUGCUUCUCG